AGUCUCUCUCAGUCUAUCUUCUGUCUUGUCCAAGUCUCAUCUCACCCUCUUCCCAAAACUACAAUUUCCCAAAUUCAAUUCAUCAAAAAAAUAAAAUAAAAUCCUUAAAUUGGGUAUAAAUGGAGGUUGAAGUACAAAAAUCCAUGGUAGCAGAUACUGAAAACACACCAUCAAUUCAAAAUCCCACCCAGAACCAGAAUCAAUCCGAGUCUCCAUCUAAUUCACAAGGAUCUUCCACUCAUCCUUCUUUAUCUCCUCCUCUACCUUCUCAACCAUCCAAGAAAGAAGUAAUACCAAAAGAAGAAUUUGCAGUUAUGGAUAAUGAUGGGCCUGCUUUGCCGGACAAGAAGCCUCAGUUUGCUGGCAACACCGUCCGGUGCUUUACGGAAAAUGAAAUCUUGAAGUAUGACAAGUAUGAAGCGAAUUAUGCUAGUUAUUUGAGAGAAAAAUACUUCUCCGACAAGGAUAUAAAUGGAGGGAGCAUAUUUGAUCUUGCAGUCACUAUAGACAAUGAAACCAUAAAAUCAAGCAGAUUGUCGCCUACUCGAACAUACGCAGAUCCUGCUCGAGGUUUUGAUGAGCGUAGCAACGGUUUGGCUUCCAGGGUUGUCGAUAUGUCUCCAAAUUGCACAAAUGGGGAUGUAAAUCCUCAAAAGAAUAGCAGCUCAUCUUAAUUCUUACAAGUAUUUAAGAAAAUUUUCCUGUUAUAUUAGUUACUAUCUACUACUUAUUUGUAUUAGGGGACUUACUUUUGUCCAAGUUUUGCUCAUUUGGAAUUUAUUUGUAAGUGAACUUAAAGGUAAGAAAAACAAUACAUCGAUUAGCAAGGUACAUUGAACUCUGUUGAAAUUAUCAUCGACGAUUACCACCUUGCUUUUUCGAUGAAAGCCUCGACAACAAUAAUAUACAUGGAUGAACAAAGUACAUGGAACUCUAUUGAAAUUACCAUCGACGAUUGCCCA